CAGGCUGAAUUUAGAGCAUUUGUGUCCUGUGAUCAGAGUUACCGGGUCUCCUUGCAGAUGACGUUGUGCCAUAUUUUAAAACAGAGCCGGGCCUUCCGCAGAUUCACCUGGAAGGGAACCGUCUCGUUCUCACUUGCCUUGCUGAAGGGAGCUGGCCCUUGGAAUUCAAGUGGAUGCACAACGACAGUGAGCUCACCACCUACACCAGCGAAUAUAAGUAUGUCAUUCCAUCUUUACAGAGGCUGGAUGCUGGGUUUUACCGCUGUGUGGUUCGAAACAGAAUGGGAGCCCUCUUGCAGAGAAGAUCAGAAGUUCAAGUUGCAUAUAUGGGAAAUUUCAUGGAUACAGAUCAGAGAGAAAUGGUCUCUCAAGGACAUGCAGCUGUGCUCAACUUACUGCCCAUCGCCAGCUGCCCCAGACCUCAAGUGACUUGGUUCAGAGAAGGGCACAAGAUUAUUCCAAGCAACAGAAUAGCCAUCACGCUGGAGAACCAGCUGGUGAUCCUGGCAGCGACGGCCAGCGACGCAGGGGCUUACUACGUGCAGGCCGUCAACGAGAGGAACGGGGAGAACAAGACCAGCCCGCUCAUUCACCUGAGCGUAGCAGGAGAUGUUGGCACGCCUGAAGCCGUGGCCCCCGUCAUCGUGAUCCCCCCGAGCAACAGAAGCGUGGUGGCCGGGUCCAGUGAGACCACCUUGGAAUGCAUAGCCAAUGCCAGGCCCAUCGAGGAGCUGAGUGUGACCUGGAAGAGAAACGGGGUGAGAGUCACCCGUGGGCUCCACAGCUUCGGGAGACGCCUCACCAUCAGCACCCCGACCUCCUCGGACAUCGGGGAGUACGCCUGCGAGGCAGCGCUGCCAGGGAGUGCUUUCGAGCCCGCCAGAGCCAGAGCCUUCCUUUCCAUCAUAGAGCCGCCGUAUUUUACUGCGGAACCUGAGAGUCGGAUUUUAGUGGAAGUGGAAGAAACCGUGGACAUCGUGUGUGGAGCCGUGGGGGCCCCUCUUCCCACCCUCCGGUGGUUCAAGGACGCGGUCUCCAUCAACAAGCUCCAGAGCCCUCGAUACCACGUGCUGUCGAGUGGAGGCCUGCGCGUCCAGAAGCUGCGUCCGGAGGACUCGGGAAUCUUCCAGUGCUUCGCCAGUAACGAGGGCGGGGAGGUCCAGACCUACACCUACCUGGACGUCACCAAUGUCGCCCCAGCCUUCACCCAGCUUCCGGCGAACACCACGGUUACUGACGGGACGACAGCCGUCCUGAGCUGUGAGGUGUCCGGGGCUCCCAGGCCGGCCAUCGCGUGGAGGAGAGGAAACCACAUUCUGGCCAGUGGCUCUGUGCGAAUUCCCAGGUUCACGCUCCUUGAGUCUGGGGGUCUGCAGAUCACCCCUGUCCUAAUCCAGGAUGCCGGCAACUACACGUGCUGUGCAGCCAACUCCGAGGGCUCCCUGAACGCGUCUGCCACGCUCACCGUGUGGAAUCGAACGUCCAUCGUGAACCCUCCGGAGGACCGCGUGGUGAUUAAGGGGACCACGGCCACGCUGCACUGUGGGACCACCCACGACCCCCGCACUUCUCUCCGCUACGUGUGGAAGAAGGACAACGUGAUCAUCACCCCAUCUGGCAGCUCCAGGAUUGUGGUGGAGAAGGACGGGUCCCUCCUCAUUAGCCAGACGUGGUCGGGCGACAUUGGAGACUACACCUGUGGAGUCAUCUCUGAGGGCGGGAACGACUCCAGGACAGCCCGCCUGGAGGUGAUUGAACUGCCUCAUUCACCCCAGAACCUCCUGGCCAGCCUGAAUUCUUCCCACAGCCAUACCGUGAUGCUCUCCUGGGUCCGACCCUUUGAUGGAAACAGCCCUGUUCUCUACUACGUCGUGGAGCUCUCUGAAAACAACUCUCCGUGGAAAGUGCAUCUGUCACACGUUGGCCCCGAGAUGACAGGCGUCACCGUGCGUGGCCUGACCCCGGCUCGUACCUAUCAAUUCAGGGUGUGCGCCGUGAACCAAGUGGGCAAGGGCCAGUACAGCGCAGAGACGAGCAGGUUGAUGCUCCCUGAAGAGCCACCCAGCGCUCCCCCGAAAAAUAUAGUGGCCAGUGGGCGCACCAAUCAGUCCAUCAUGGUCCAGUGGCAGCCGCCCCCGGAAACAGAGCACAACGGGGUGCUGCGUGGGUACAUCCUCAGGUACCGCCUGGCUGGCCUGCCCGGAGAGUACCAGCAGAGGAACAUCAGCAGCCCCGAGGUCAGCUACUGCCUGGUGACGGAGCUCAUCGUCUGGACGCAGUAUGAGAUACAGGUGGCCGCCUACAAUGGAGCUGGCCUGGGCGUCUUCAGCAGGGCGGUGACCGAGUACACCUUACAAGGAGUGCCGACCUCGCCCCCGCAGAACGUGCAGGUGGAAGCCGUGAACUCCACAACCAUCCAGUUCCUGUGGAACCCUCCACCCCAGCAGUUCAUCAACGGCAUCAACCAGGGCUACAAGCUUCUGGCGUGGCCGGCCGAUGUCCCCGAGGCCGUCACUGUCGUCACCAUUGCUCCAGAUUUCCAUGGAGUCCACCACGGGUACAUAACGAACUUGAAGAAGUUUACUGUUUACUUCACAUCAGUUCUGUGUUUCACCACUCCGGGGGACGGGCCUCCAAGCCCGCCUCAGCUCAUACGGACACAUGAAGACAAACCCGGAGCUGUGGGACACCUGAGUUUCACGGAGAUCCUGGACACGUCUCUGAAGGUCAGCUGGCAGGAGCCCCUGGAGAAGAAUGGCAUCAUUACAGGCUACCAGAUCUCCUGGGAGGUAUACGGGAAGAGCGACUCGCGGAUGGAGCGCACUCUCAACAGCUCGACGCACGAGUAUAAGAUCCAAGGGCUGUCCUCUCUCACCACCUACACCAUCGACGUGGCGGCCCUCACCGCCGUGGGCGCUGGCCUGGCCACCUCGUCCACUAUCUCUUCCGGGGUGCCCCCAGAGCUCCCUGGUGCCCCAUCCAAUCUGGUCAUUUCCAACAUCAGCCCUCGCUCAGCCACCCUGCAGUUCCGACCCGGCUACGACGGGAAGACGUCCAUCUCCAGGUGGAUCGUGGAGGGACAGGUUGGAGCUGUCGGUGACGAGGAAGAGUGGGUUACCCUCUACGAGGAGGAGAAUGAACCUGACGCCCAGACGCUGCAGAUCCCGAACCUCACGCCCUACACUCAUUACAGGUUCCGAAUGAGGCAGGUGAACGUCGUCGGUGCCAGCCCCUUCAGUCAGUCCUCCCGGGUCAUCCAGACCCUGCAGGCCCCCCCGGACGUGGCCCCCACCAGCAUCACCGUCCGAACCGCAAGCGAGACCAGCCUGCGGCUCCGCUGGGUGCCGCUGCCCGACUCGCAGUACAAUGGGAACCCCGAGUCCGUGGGCUACAGAGUUACGUGCUGGCGUCCCGACCUCCCGUCCACUGCGCUGGCCCAAGUCAUCAGCGACCGGCUGGAGAGGGAGCUCACAGUCGAGGGGCUGGAGGAGUGGACAGAGUACGAGCUGCAGAUGCAGGCCUUCAACGCCAUCGGGGCCGGGCCCUGGAGCGAGUCCGUGCGGGGCCGGACACGGGAGUCAGUUCCUUCAGCCGCCCCUGAAAACGUGUCAGCCGAGGCCGUCAGCUCCACCCAGAUUUUACUGACGUGGGCUUCGGUGCCCGAGCAGGACCAGAAUGGGCUCAUACUGGGCUACAAGAUCCUGUACCGCGCCAGAGAUCUGGAUCCGGAGCCCAGGAGCCACGUGGUCCGAGGGAACCACACGCAGUCCGCGCUCCUGGCGGGUCUGGGCAAGUUCGUGCUGUACGAGCUCCAGGUGCUGGCCUUCACCCGCAUCGGGAACGGGGUCCCCAGCUCGCCCCCCAUCCUGGAGCGGACCAAAGACGACGCCCCAGGCCCACCCGUGAGGCUUGUGUUCCCAGAGGUGAGACUCACGUCUGUGCGGAUCGUGUGGCAGCCACCGGAGGAGCCCAACGGCGUUAUUCUGGGGUACCAGAUCGCCUACCGCCUGGCCAGCAGCAGCCCUAACACGUUCACCACCGUGGAGGUCGGCGCCACCGUGAGGCAGUUCACGGCCACUGAGCUGGCCCCGGAGUCUGCGUACGUCUUCCGGCUGUCGGCCAAGACCCGGCAGGGCUGGGGGGAGCCGCUGGAGGCCACCGUCAUCACCACCGAGAAGAGAGAGCGGCCGGCGCCCCCCAGGGAGCUCCUGGUGCCCCAAGCGGAAGUGACCGCGCGCAGCCUGCGGCUCCAGUGGGUCCCGGGCAGCGAUGGGGCCUCGCCCAUCCGGUACUUCACGGUGCAGCUGCGCGAGCUGCCCCGGGGACAGUGGCAGACCUACUCCUCGUCCAUCAGCCACGAGGCCACAGCCUGUGCCGUUGAAAGGCUGAGGCCCUUCACCUCCUACAAGCUGCGCCUGAAGGCCACCAAUGACAUUGGGGACAGUGACUUCAGCGCGGAGACAGAGGCGGUAACCACACUGCAGGACGUUCCAGGAGAGCCUCCGAGCUCUGUCUCUGUGACGCCGCACACCACCUCGUCUGUUCUGAUCCAGUGGCAGCCCCCGAGGGACGAGAGCCUGAACGGCCUCCUGCAGGGUUACAGGAUCUACUACCGGGAGCUAGAGUACGAGGCGGCCUCGGCCACUGAGUCCAAGACGCUCAAGACCCCCUCCGCUCUGCGGGCCGAGCUCACAGCCCAGAGCAGCUUCCAGAGCGUGAACAGCAGCUCCACGUUAACGACAUACGAGCUAAUACAUCUGAAGAAAUACCGGCGCUAUGAAGUGGUCAUGACAGCCUACAACGUCAUCGGCGAGAGCCCGGCCAGCGCGCCCGUGGAGGUCUUCGUCGGCGAGGCCGCCCCGGCCAUGGCUCCGCAGCACGUGCAGGUGAACCCACUCACGGCCAGCCAGCUGGAGGUCACGUGGGAGCCGCCGCCGCCCGAGAGCCAGAACGGAAACAUCCAGGGCUACAAGAUCUACUACUGGGAGGCGGACAGCCGGAACGAGACGGAGAAGAUGAGGGUGCUGUUCCUGCCCGAGACCACGGCGAAGCUGAAGAACCUCACCAGUCACACCCAGUACCUGGUCAGCAUCUCGGCCUUCAACGCCGCUGGAGACGGGCCCAGGAGUGACCCCCGGCAGGGCCGGACCCACCAGGCCGCUCCCGGGACGCCCAGCUUCCUGGCAUUCUCGGAAGUAACCUCCACCACGCUGAACGUUUCGUGGGGGGAGCCUACGGCAGCCAAUGGCGUCCUGCAGGGCUACCGAGUGGUGUACGAGCCCUUAGCACCCGUCCAAGGGGUGAGCAAGGUGGUGACGGUGGACGUGAAGGGGAACUGGCAGCGCUGGCUGAAGGUGCGCGACCUCACCAAGGGGGUGACCUACUUCUUCCGAGUGCAAGCGCGGACCAUCGCCUACGGGCCCGAGCUGCGGGCCAGCGUCACGGCCGGGCCGGCCGAGGGUUCCCCGGGCUCCCCUCGAGACGUCUCGGUCACCAGAUCCGCCUCUGAGCUCACCCUGCAGUGGACGGAGGGCCGCGCGGGCAGGACGCCCACCACGGGCUACGUCAUCGAGGCCAGGCCCUCAGAUGAAGGCCUGUGGGACAUGUUUGUGAAGGACAUUCCGCGGGGCGCCACGUCCUACACCGCCAGCCUGGACAAGCUCAGGCAAGGAGUGACCUACGAGUUCCGGGUGGUGGCCGUGAACCAGGUGGGCUACGGGGAGCCCAGCAGCCCCCCUGCUGCCGUGUCAGCUCAGGUGGAGGCCCCGUUCUACGAGCAGUGGUGGUUCCUCCUGGUGAUGGCGCUGUCCAGCCUGCUCGGCAUCCUGCUGGUGGCGUUCACCCUGGUCCUGCACGGCCAGAACAAGAAGUACGGGAGCUGCGGCCCAGGCACAACAGACAUCCCUUCGGAGGCAGCAGGUGCAGGGAAACAGGAGCUCUGGACCUCGGCCACCAGAUUCUGUCCCAGCUCCGCCCUCAAGUGGGCCUUUGGGUCAUUUGGCCUCUGUAAGAGCAUCUCCAACAUGGAGGAGUCCGUGACCCUGGACAACGGGGGAUUUGCCACCUUGGAGCUCAGUAGCCGCCACCUCAACGUGAAGAACACCUUCUCGAAGAAGAACGGGACCAGGUCCCCGCCUCGGCCCAGCCCCGGCGGACUACACUACUCAGAUGAGGACAUCUGCAACAAGUACAACGGUGCCGCGCUGACCGAGGGCGGGACCCUCCAGGAGAAGUCAGGGGAUGCCACGGAGUCUGAGGGCACCGAGUCCGAGUCCGAGGACGCGCUCCCCCAGCACUCCUUCGUCAACCACUACCUGAGCGACCCCACCUACUACAACUCGUGGAAGCGGCGCGCGGGCGCGGCCCCGCACAGGUACGAGGCGGUGGCGGGGGCCGAGGCCGGGCCAGCCCCGCGCGCGGUGGUCACCACGCAGAGCGCCGUGUUCGCGCCCGCCGCCCACGGCGCCCGGACUCCGCUCACCGGCUUCUCGUCCUUCGUGUGAGCGGCACCGACCCCGCGGCGACCCUUGUUAAGACAGUCAGCUCUGGGAACUGGGCUCCAGCUUGGGUUUAAGAGGAUCUGACGCCUGAUGAUUGAUUUUACCCACUUGUGAACGCGAGAUUGCAAUUAGGAAAGUUUUUUUUUACUGGCUUUUUGUAACAUCGCUGCAGGAAGCGGGUUUCUUUGUUUUUCUUUUCUUUUUACGAGAAGGUGUGUUUCACUGGUGCAAGGGCUCGUCACCCCGACCUGGGAAGACCUGAGCCCUCGGGACCCGGGCUUCUCCAUUCUGCGCCGACUAGGAAGGCUGGGGGGUGGGAGACGGGGGUCCAGGGAGGCCGCGCCUCUUGCAGGCCGCUCCCUUCUCUUCUCUAACCCCUGCCUGAGAACCAGCGGCCCGCCUGGGGCUCCAUCCCACCGUCUCCAUCUCCGGCGUGCGAAGAGCAUGUGUGUGACCCAGGCUCAGGGCCUCCGGACCCAAGGGCGUCCAUCUCUGAAAUGUUCUCACUCGGCAGUUUGUAGGCGAGGAAUCGGCUUUAAGGUUCCAGGCCGCGGGGCCACAGAUUCCAAGGUUCCGUUCGGCGUCCUUCCAGGGGUGAAAUAUUCGGGGCUCCCCCUUCCUUUCUUCCUUUCGACCUCGCAGCACAGGAGCAGGAAGCACCCCUGCUGGGAGCCACCGCCGUGGCCCUCGGCAAGCUCGCUCCUUCCCUGACAGCACAGCACACGGCCAGCCCGCCAACCCGAGCGAACGAGGCAGCGGCUGCAGAAUCGCUCGCUGUGUUAAGAGGUGUGCAUUGUUAACCAGAGUAUUUUUAAAAUCUUUUUAUCUUUUUUUAAAAUAUGUCACAUGAAAUGAAUGAGUCUCAGCUGUCUCCAGGUGCCUUUUUAUUAAUUGUUUAGCUUUGUACAUGGGAAAGACGAAGAGCGACAGUGUCUCCAAGUAUAGCAAAACGGCUCUGAGAAGACGGGGUCCCCAGCCCCUCCCCCCGCCCCCCGUGCCUGCCAGGCCCUGCCGUGCGCGUGGCCCGCGGCUUUCCUUGGAGCGCGCGCGGCCUGGGGCCUCCGGGUUCCCGCCGCUGCCACGACUGGUGUGGCUGUCCCUUUCCCGACCCCAGGCCAGCUCUUAGCCUUAAUGGAUUUUCUGGAAACCGUUUUUUACUUUAAUUGUUACUGUUUUGUUUUCGUUUCUUAGCUAAAUGGAAAUAGCGUGAACUAUUUUGAAACUCCAAACCGUAGCUCUGCCUCUAGCCCAUCACAUCAUUUUUUGCAAAAGGUGUGUGAGGUACACGUGGUCAAGCCGUGGUCCCAGGGCCAGAUGUACCGGGAGCGCUGCUGCUGUCAGCGGGGGGUGUGCCCCACCCCUCCGGGGGGGGCACUGCAGAAGGACCCUGCCGCCGGCAGCCCGGUCAGCCGGAGCCUGUCCACACCCCCCAGGGCACAGGACGGGCCUGCAGCCAGUCUCGUGGCCACCCGCGGGUCACGUGGUCUGCGGGGUCCCUUCUUCCCACGCCUCCUCCGGGCAGAGGGCUGUCUUAACCCUCUGAUUUCAGAGUUGCUGGGUGCGGUAUCCCCAGGAGACCAAGGAGAGUUUUGUGUUGCUGAAAAAAGGCCUCUUCUGUUUGAGAGUUUGUGUUGGGUAAAAAAAAAACCCUUUCAGUUUCUCCAAAAGUAGAAGUAGGAGGUGUGGAAAGGUUCCUUUCUCUCUCUCCUCCUCCUUCCUUCUCUCUUUUCUUCUUCCCUUCUUUCCUUCCUACCUCCCUCCCUCCCUCCGUUCCUUCCUUCCUUUUCUGUGUAGAGGGGAAACGUUCUAAACCAAAAAUCCUAGACGCUCUGCCCAAAGGCUCUCCUGCAUGAGAAUCGCUCCCUGGACGGGACCCACCCAGGGCACAGGACCAGCCACCUCGGUCCUCUCGGUCCCAGACGGGGAAGUGGACAGGAAGCCCCAAGGCUGCAGCUCGAAUUUCUCGGAAGACAAGCGACGGACAGAGAACGUGGAGAAACACUGCCUUCCGCGCUCUGCUCUCUAAGCCAUACGUCCACUGCUUUAUAUACGGGAAAGUGCUGAAACGUCCUAGCGUGGGGACGGCUUGGUUUGAGGCGUGUUUUUGGCUUUUGGGCUUUUGUGACAACAUGACGCCUUUUUCCCCAGGGUCAUUAUACUUCCUGUGUUCUCUCUGCUCUGAGCGAACUUCUUUGGGACGGAACAGGCGGUCCGAGGCGGCGGUGGGCGUUGGCGUCCGCACUCCGCCCAGUGGCACCGGCACUGUGGGCUGUGGGAGCUACUAGACCAGAGGAAAAGUGGGGUGUCUCUGGUUAGGUUUCAGCCUCCAGGUAGUGUGGGCGUUGAGAAGCGUCGACUCCUAACCUCUCAUCUUUAGGGAGGAAAAAAGAAAAUCACAGGAUAGGAAAAUGGAUACUGGAUUUUAAUCUCGGCUCUGAAAAAAAGAACGAGCACCAUUUCUCUAACCGAGGCAAGGAGGAGUGUUCUAUCCUGGCGCCUUCCAAGCCAUGGUGCCCUUCAGGUGUCUCGCGCUCAGCUGUCGCUGAGUCCCCCGACGAAGGCCCCGUGAUGGGCAGGCGAGCUGCCCCUUCCGCGUGAGGACCCGCAGCGAAGCAGCCGCAGGGCCGCGCUCUCUGUCUGAGCGGCAGGGAUGGGUUUGCGCGGGGCUCCCGUCCCCACUGGGGACUCCGGGCACAGGUUUCCAGACCAGUGAGCGGCCGGGCGGGGCUGUGGGCCGUCCCUGUGGUUAGCGGGCCGCGGGGCACAUCUCCUGGACUGCAUCUCCUCCUCUGAAUAAAUGGGUCCAAACCAAGGCCUCCCCUCCUUGGCCAUGCUUUCAAGGAGCGCUCGGUAAAUGUCGUCGCGGAAGAGACGUGAUGUGGGGGAGCUUCGGGGGAGACCGCGGAGGGUGGCGUGCGCUCCGUAAACCCCUUGUGGCGCUGUGCCUGCCCUGGACCGCGACGGGACUGAAGCAUGGUGUUUGCAUAAUGUUUCUAAGGGUUUGUAGCAUGGUUUUCCGUUUUUACGAAUUCCUGGCACACUGUAGUCCUGGUGCCAGUGAGCGGUCGUAUCCACGUAUCCAGAUGCGGCCCUUUGAUUCAGCAUCCCUGUAGCGGGGACCCUCCGAAAGGUGGGAGCAGGUAGAAAUCCAGGAGCUGCGCUGGUCUGCUGUGCGUGCCUCACCUGCUGGUUUAUCGGGGGCUUAGGUCAGUCCUGAAGUCUUCCCGGCGAUUUCUGGAAUCGUGCAGAAACCAGACCUCCUUAAAAAAAAAAAAUUGUAGGAAGACAGGGAGGUGCUAUGGGUACGGUUUUUAAUAAAAGCAUCAUUUUGUUCCUUAUGCGCCUGUGAUUUUCUUCAGCAAGUGUUGAUGAAGUGACUCAUGAAUUCUAGGGCUGUAGGAUCGAACAUUGAAACGUCAGCCCAGUGCCGCGCUGGCCCCUCCUGGAGAUGC